CAUUCACACUGCACAGCAGAUUUCGGCCGCAUCUGCCUAAGCAGCGCCAGCUUUGUGUCUCUCCCACAUUCCAGCCACCGGCGCCGCUGCCCCCCGUGCUCAGCCUGCAGGCCGCAGCCCCCUCUCCAGCGGCCUGAAUCUGACCCAGGCAGAACGACUUUCCGGUGGCCUGAAGUUAUGCAGACCUCAGCUAUCGUAUUCAACACAAAACCAAUUUUAGGAUGUAUUCAUGUGAGGCCCAGCAGUAGUUGUAGCCAUAGUAAAGGAAGCACUAAUUCUGCUCAGUUUCCAGCCAAAUUUAAUCGGCCGCCACUGAAGGGUUGUGGUAGGCGCUUGUGUUCCGUUAGCAAUAAGGUAAGAAAAGUUGAAGUUCCACUCCGCUAUCUUAUUCUGACUAUAAAAGUCCCUCCUAUCAGAAACUCAAUUUCUCCAUGCAGAGGAGUGCAAUUGUCGGUAGCGGCGCCGGAGUCAGUGGCCUGGGAGGAGCAAAUUCCCCUGAACACCGUUCGCCGGAAGCAUGAUCCGUCAUGGCGCGGCGGGUUUAGCCUAGGGGUAGAUUUGGGAUUGUCACGGACGGGCGUUGCCAUUAGCAAAGGCUUCAUAGUUCGCCCCUUAACGGUACUUAAAUUACGAGGGCAGAAGCUUGAGCUUAGACUUCUUGAUCUCGCUGAAAAGCAGGAAGUGGAUGAAUUUAUAAUUGGGCUUCCAAAGAGCAGCGAGGGGAAGGAAACAGAGCAGUCGAACAAAGUUCGUAGUGUGGCCGGAAGGUUUGCGGUUCGGGCGGCAGAGAGGGGAUGGAGAGUAUACCUACAGGAUGAGCACGGAACCUCUUCUGAGGCGCUCGAUCACAUGAUAGCCACAGGAGUCAGUAAAUCUGUGCGUGAAGGAAAACUUGAUGCUUACGCUGCUGUGAAGAUACUUGAAAGAUAUUUCUGCGAAUCGGGGAAGGGGAUUGAGCUUGUUGUACCCAAGCAGCUACACCUUCAAAACAACCUCUGGAAAGGUCCUCCAAAGGAUAUAGACUUUUACCCACCAACAAUCAUUGCCACUAAUGGAGGGCAGUCCAUGUGAGCGUUACUAAUCUGAAAGCAAUACUUGUUUUACAAUCAGUUUGUCCAUCUUUAAUCAAGUGUGCCUUAAAUGAUUGGUAAGACUUGUGGGAAAUCGAGAGGAACGAUGUGGGCCAGACACAAAAGUUCUUACCAGUUUACACUUCUUUUAUUGCCAGAUAUUUCUGUCUGGGGAUGUAGUGUGCCUAGAUUGAGUUCAUUCAGACCUGAAGGUGUGCGGUUAGAAGUCUAAUAGAUUUGGUUCAAUUCUAUCUUUCAAAGUUUUUACUAAUUUGUUUUGAGUACUUAGUAACUAGUUACAGGAAAGAUAUAGGUAAUGAGACAAUGUAUAGAUCUAUAGAGAUGUUUACUUGGGAAAACUGAAAGGGAAUCCAGAAAGAGAAUCCGAGCAAAUAUCGUAGGAGAGUGUAGCAUAACAAGCUACUGUAACGGGAUAUAAUGGAAUGUGGUAAAGCAGCAUCUGGUGUUAAAAAAGGCAAGAAGAAACCGGUGAAGGAUGAUCUAGACCGCCUUAAACAAGCUGAAAAGAAAAAAAGGCGCUUGGGGAAAGCUCUGGUUACUUCUGACCAUUUGCUCUGAGCUGGAAAAGAAGAAGCUGAAGAAGAAAGAAGAACAGGACAGGCUGGAUGAAGAAGGCACCGCUGUAGCUGAGGCAGUCGCACACUCGCACUGCAAGUCCUACUUAAUGAAGACUCUGAUGAUUCGAGUAAGGUAUUGCUGAAGAAGCAUGAAGAGCUGCCGUGCUGGGAUCAUACCAACAAUACCCCCAUCUUUAUGGGGAGAGGACUUCCGCUUGUUCAUUGUCAUGAUGUAUCGAGCUAUUCAAACGAAAAUGUGGCUGGCAUCUGUGAUGCUCAUCUGUAUGGGCGCAUGUGGAGUCUCGGGAGAAAUUAUCAUUUCCUGGCUUCAUCUGAUCUCGGGAGCAGCUUCUAUCCUCGAUAUUUUGGAGAAGAAUAUGUGGGUCCGGCUGGAUAUCUGGCUGCACAGGCUGUUAGCAUAGCUGAUGAGGAAGAGGAGGAGGUAGGUGCUCUUGUCUUCAACCAUAUGUAAGUAUCUUGAGAGGGUAUAUUCAAAUUUGUUCUCAUUAUGUAAAUCAGGUAUGAGUUCACUUUCCUAUAUUCUCAAAUUAUGAUUUGAUAUUGAAGUAAAGGUUGCUUAGCUUGCUCAGGAUCAUCAAAA